AACUGAGCGUGUCUCUCUCUCUCUCUCUCUCUCUCUCUCUUUUUCUCACGCACCGGGCCGCCCGCUCCGCGUCCGCGCCGCCCGCUUCACAUCUCGGCGGUGACGUCACGGGCGAAGGUGGGCCGCCAAUAAAAAGGCGCGCGGUCCGUCCCGCCGCUUCAGCUUCACACUCGACUUCGGCGCGGAGGAGGCGCGUUGGAUCCCCAGGUCGACCGACCGACAAGUGAGGAGGAGGAGCAGAGGAGCUUUGGUUGGAUGUUUCCAGUUUGGAGGCGGCCAUGUUCCCCGCUUGGCACUUGCCCGACGCGUGGGCGGUGACGGGCGCCCUGACGUGGCUGCUUUGCGCGCCGCUGGCGCUGGGGCUGACGCGCCUGCUGUGGAGUUUGCGAUGGAGUCUGAGCAGGGACCCCCGAAACCCGCUGCCCCUCCCCCAAGGCUCCAUGGGCUGGCCUCUGGUCGGGGAGACCCUGCACUGGCUCGUCCAGGGCUCCGACUUCCACGUGUGUCGCAGGCGGCGUCACGGCAACGUGUUCAAGACGCACCUCCUGGGCAAACCCGUCAUCCGGGUGACGGGCGCCGACAACAUCCGCAAGAUCCUGAUGGGCGAGCAUAGCCUGGUGUGCACGCAGUGGCCGCGCAGCACGCGCAUCAUCUUGGGACCCAACACGCUCGUCAACUCCACCGGUGACGCUCACAAGAGCAAGAGGAAGGUGUUGGCCAAAGUGUUCAGCAGAGGCGCUCUGGAGUCGUACCUGCCCCGGCUGCGGGACGCCGUGCGGCGCCAAGUGGCCGAGUGGUGCGCGCGGCCCGACGCCGUGGACGUGUACGCCGCCGCCAAGUUGCUGACCUUCCGCAUCGCCGCUCGCGUCCUGCUGGGUCUGCGGCUGGACGAGGAGCGAGUGGUCUACCUGGGCGCCAUCUUCGAGCAACUCAUGGACAAUCUCUUCUCGCUUCCCGUGGACACGCCGCUCAGCGGUCUUCGGAAGGGGAUCAGAGCCAGAGAGAUCCUGCACGCCAACAUGGAGAAGAUCAUCGCCGAGAAGAUGGAGCAGCAGCACCACCACCAACAUCUGGACGCCUUUGACUACAUGUUGUCCGGCGCCAGGGAGCACGGCCGCAGCCUCACCAUCCAAGAGCUCAAGGAAACGGCCGUGGAGCUGAUCUUCGCCGCUCACUACACCACGGCCAGCGCGGCGACGUCUCUGCUGCUGCAGCUCCUCUGCCACCCGGCCGUGGUCCGACGCCUGAAAGCCGAGCUGGAUUCCGAAGGGCUGACCGGCCCAGGAGACGGCGGCGAUGGUCCUCGGGCGAACUUGAGCCUGGAUAAGCUGAACCGGCUACGCUACUUGGAUUGCAUCAUCAAAGAGGUUCUACGCUUCCUGCCGCCAGUUUCUGGAGGCUACCGGACCGCCCUGCAGACGUUUGAGCUGGACGGCUACCAGGUCCCCAAAGGCUGGAGUGUCAUGUACAGCAUCAGGGACACGCACGAGACCGCCGCCGUCUUCCGAGCCCCGGAGCUCUUCGAUCCGGACCGUUUCGGGCCGGACCGCGAGGAAAACCGCUCGUCCCGUUUCAGCUACGUGCCCUUUGGCGGCGGAGUGCGGAGCUGCGUGGGCAAAGAACUGGCUCAGAUGGUACUCAAGACUCUGGCCGUGGAACUGGUGGCGACUUGCGAAUGGAACCUGGCUACCCAGGACUUCCCCAAAAUGCAGACGGUGCCCAUCGUGCACCCCGUCGACGGACUGCACGUGCGCUUCACGCCAAACCGGCCGCUUCGUUAAGACGGACCGGCGUACCGGGAGGCGGGUUCCACUUUUCAGGACUUUCUCAGACUCGCAACUGCAUCAAGUCCGGUCUUGUGUGCUACGAUUGCACUCCGGCAACAUUCUGGCCAGAGCAACACGUUCCGACCCGAUGUCGACACGCAUUCACGCCUAAUGGACGCCGCAUCGAUACGCAUUUCCCCUUCCUAUCAAUACGAUUGAACUCAAAUGAUCAUGACGGAACCGCAUACCACCGAGACCAUGACACUUUGCGCCGCUGAACCGAGGACUGGCCGAUCCUAUUUCUUUGCCGCUGCUGUUAUACGCCAAAACAAUACAGUGGAACCUCUACUUACGAAAUUCAUUGGUUCUGGAAAAAUGUUGUAAGUCAAGACGCGUUUUCCAUGUAAAUGCCCUAAUUCGUUCCGAGCCCCCCAAAAUUCCGACAUAAAUGUUUUUUAAAA